UUUAUAUUAUUUUUAUUUUAAAUUUAAUAUGGCUGAUGACCGUUGUCUUUCUUUGCCAUGCCGGUAGUUUUGUGUAUUUCGUGAGUAUAAAUAGCAAAAAGCUCUCAAAAUUUCAGGAACAAUAAUUAAACGAACACCUUGAGCUUUUAAUGUCUAUAACAUUAAAAUUGCUUUGGACUUGAAUUUGUUCAAAUUGAAGUAGCAUGGAAGCGGAAAUAAAUGAUAAUACGCAAACCCAAACUCAAACCCAGAAUUCUCAAGUAGAAUGGACCCAAUCAAACACUCCGACACCGAUACCUAAUAUCUGGGGAAGACUUUAUCUUUUGAAUUCAUGGAAAAAAGAAUGUAUCGUUAAUCUUGAUCCAUAUUAUGAUCUUACAGAACCCGAGUUUUCGGUUGGUCGAGCAUUAGAUUCUACCUUUCCAAUUAAAAAAGAUACUGCAAGAAUUGGUAUUAUUAAAAAUGUUAGCAAACGUCAUUUUAUUAUUAUGAGAGAUAGAUUAGAGACAUCAAGUCCAGCAGUCAUAACAGAUACAUCAUACAAUGGGACAUACAUAAAUGGUGUUUUAAUUGGAAAAGGGAAGAGCAGAGUUCUGGAUGACAAUGAUGUGAUAGCUAUCACUCAUCCUACAAUAAGUAUGUUCACUUUUAAAGAUCUACUUAAAAAUGAGCAAGACAAAGUACCUAAAGAAAUAGCUCAAAAGUAUUAUAUUUCAAGGGUACUUGGCCAAGGUGCAUGUGGUGUGGUCAAAUUAGUUUAUAACAAAUUGACUUGUUUGAAGUUUGCGAUGAAAGUUGUAAAGAAAGGCAAAUUGACAAAUGGACAGGUAAAUAAUUUAACAGACCCUGUCAAAGUUAUGAAUGAGGUGAACAUUUUGAAAGCUUUAAGGCAUCCUUGUGUGACAUCAGUGGAAGAAAUAUUUGACUCUCGUGACGCAGUGUAUAUAGUGUUAGAGCUGAUGCAGGGAGGGGAAUUGUUUGACCGUAUCACAAGAUAUGGGCGGCUGUCGGAGAGGCUAACCAAAUUCUACUUUAAACAAAUGGUGCUAGCUGUCCAAUACUUACACUCACAAGGCAUCACUCACAGAGACCUUAAACCUGAGAAUGUGCUACUUGAGAGUAAAGAGGACGAAAGCCUGGUUAAGAUAACGGACUUUGGUCUCAGCAAGUAUGUGGGGGAAGACAGCUUCAUGAAGACAAUGUGUGGGACACCAAUCUACCUUGCACCUGAAGUAUUACGAGCUAAUGGAGUGGGAUGCUAUGGACCAGAGGUGGAUGUAUGGUGUCUGGGUGUUAUAUUUUUUAUAUGUCUAGUGGGUUAUUUGCCCUUCUCCCCGGAGUACAAAGAGCUCCCCUUGAGCGAGCAAAUACUCUCAGGCCGCUAUCGGUACUCGUCCAGUUGCUGGCGUGACGUCAGUCUUCAAGCCAAGCUUCUGAUGAAGAGAAUGCUCACCGUAAAUGUACGAAGGCGUAUCUCGCUUGAGCAGAUAUUAAAGCACCCAUGGAUGCAGGAUGACGAUAUCAACCUAAAGAUAAACGUUUUGCUUUCGCAACAUCAAUUAAAAAAUGGAAACAAAGAGAAUGAUGAGGAGAAAUCCGACGUAGUUGUCGUCCGCCUAGUAGCAGCUAAUAAAAGACCACUCAGUGACUCAUCAAAUACGGCUGAGCCGAUUGCCAAAAAGGUUAGAGUUGGGAGAAAAGACGAAAAUGAUGACACUAGUUCAGCCACUAGCUGCUAUUCAGACGAGUGACUUAUUAUGACAAUCAAUGUCAAUGUCCAAAUGACUGACAGAUGUAACUGUCAAAUAAAUAACAAUGACUGGUUCAUUUCAAACAACAUUCUAAUUGCCAUUUCCACAAAUAUUUCAAGUAAUGUUAUAGCAUUAUUAUUUUGUUAGCAACAAUAAAUGACACUGGGUCCAUAAGCGAGUUUUUCAGUUUGAUUUUGAAAAAUUAUAUGAGCACAAGUUUUGCUUGGCUUUUGUCAUUUCUUUUAUAUCGCUUAAACUGUUUUAAUGAUUCUUUGAAUAUGAGUUGCAUAGUUGGAUUAUGUUUAUAACUGCUCAAGUAAAUAUUAAGAUAUUUAAUUUUAAUUGUUGUUAAAUCUAUGGAAGGUGCAGCUUUUAAUAUUGUCAUUAUUAUAUUAAAAAUAUUUUUUAAACUUUUAGGUAGUUAUAAACUUGGCAGAAUAUGUUAGCCUUUUCAAAUUCAACAUAUUUCGUUUGAAGGUCUCAUUAAAAGACAAUGACGAAAAAAAAAUUACCUUUUUACAUAGACUUAAAUCUAAAUUGUAACAGUAUUAAAAAAAUCCCACCUAUAUUUAAAUAAUCCAGUUUAAUGAUACUUGUUACUGUUAUUUUUUUUAGAUUUAGUGAUUGAUGCCUUGUUAAUAUUUCUUGAUCUGUUCUGUUAAGAUGAGUCCGGGGUUUGAACCCAAAGACAUGUUUGACAACACACUGUCUCAUGCAGUUGAGAAAUAUGAAUGUUAUGUUUUAGGUUUGUUUUUAAUGAUGUUAAGUUCCUGUGAAUGUUUCCAUUUUGAUUGUUAUUUUAAAUUUAAGUUUUAACUACCUCGUGAUAUUACCAAUGAUAUCAUAGAAGUUACACCAAAAUUAUGGUUUAUGUUUGUUACUUAGCUAUAGAUUUGGUCAUUUUUGUACUUGGAUUUUGUAUUAAACUAGUUGCAUAGUUAUCUUUUAACUAUAUUUGUGACAACAUUGAUAACUGUUUGUAAUUGUUUCCAUAUGGAACAUAAUAAAACGGGUUAAAAAUUAUUUUAGUUGAAUGUUUUAAAAUUUAAAUUUGAUUUAAACAUUACAAAGUACAUAAUUAUUUAAGUGAAUUAUUGAAAAGUUUUGUGCCAUAAAUUGAUUUUUA